CCCCUCUCUCUCUCUCUCUCUCUCUCUCUCUCUCUCUCUCUGGUGUGAAUUUGCUAGUGAAGUUAUCUAGUCGAGGCGCAUACAGAAUUAAUGGGCGACAUCUCUGUUUCUAAUGGGAUUAGCAAUGGCAAUGGUGUCAAUGGCAAGAGCCAUUCCCUCAAUGGCUAUAGGAAGAGCUGUUGGUAUGAAGAAGAGAUUGAAGAGAACUUGAGAUGGUGCUUUGCCCUCAACAGCAUAUUGCAUACGGGAGCUUCUCAGUUCCAGGAUAUUGCCCUGUUGGACACUAAACCAUUUGGAAAGGCUCUGGUGAUUGAUGGGAAGCUUCAAAGUGCAGAGAUAGAUGAGUUCAUUUAUCAUGAAUCUCUGGUUCAUCCCGCUCUUCUUUAUCAUCCAAACCCAAAGACUCUGUUCAUCAUGGGCGGUGGUGAAGGUUCCACAGCAAGAGAGAUCCUGAGACACAAAGCUGUAGAGAAAGUUUCUAUGUGCGACAUUGACGAGGAAGUGGUGGACUUCUGCAGGUCAUACUUAGUAGUCAAUAGGGAGGCAUUCUGUGACCCUAGACUCGAGCUGAUCAUCAAUGACGCGAGGGCCGAGCUAGAAAGCCGAAAAGAGUGCUUUGAUGUGAUCAUAGGCGACCUUGCUGACCCCAUAGAGGGAGGCCCUUGCUAUAAGCUCUACACCAAAUCGUUCUAUGAGUACACGGUGAAACCCAGGCUCACUCACAACGGCAUUUUCGUCACACAGGCAGGGCCGGCCGGGAUUUUCAGCCACACUGAAGUGUUCUCUUGCAUCUACAACACUUUGAAGCAGGUCUUCAAAUAUGUUGUGCCCUAUUCAGCUCACAUUCCCUCGUAUGCUGAUACAUGGGGUUGGGUCAUGGCAUCAGAUGCACCGUUCUGUCUGAGUGCUGAAGAGUUCGACCUCAGAAUGAAGCAGAGGAUCAAAGGGGAAAACCGAUACCUCGAUGGGAGGACUUUCGCCUCAGCCUCGACCCUGAGCAAAGCCGUCCGAACAUCAUUGGAGAAUGAGACCCAUGUGUAUACUGAAGGAGCAGCGAGGUUCAUAUAUGGCCAUGGCAGACAAAAUCAAGAUUGAAAGAAAGCGAAAUGAAGGGAGCCCCCCAAGAACACAAGAACACAGAAAAAGCUCGCAAGUGGAAAAUUACAGUUAUUUUUAAUUUUGUUUCUUUUCUUCUUUCUUUUAUCUUUUUUGGGGUUCUUGGUUGUAGCUUCCGGUGUUGUAUGUCUUUCUUAUGCCAUCUAUGCUUUUGGCUCUCCGUACCGACUUUGGAGCUCUCGUAUAAUGGCAAAGGAUGGAUUAUCCUAGAACUCUCUCUCUCUCUCUCUCUCUCUCUCUCUCUCCAUAUGUGGAAAGUUCAUCUGGCCCUGUCCAAAACUGAAUCAAAGACAUCACUUUUCUUUUCCUGGUA